AUGCAAUUUUGGGUAAACUGGGUGGGCCUCAUACUUUUUAUCGCUGAUGGUGUAUUGGGCUCCACAGUAAAUGUCUUUCCAUCACUCCUAUUAUCAUACGGCUUGAUUCCCGGAUUGAGAAGCUCGAUAGAUCAUUCAAGUCAAAUGCCAUAUCAAAAGGCGGAAGCAGAAACUAUUAUUGGAAGGGCCUUUGAGCAGUGUCUAUCACAUGCAUAUAUAAUAGCAGAUAUACCGGGUUUAGUACUUUCUGACUUUGCACAUUUUGAGGCAUUUCAAACUUUAAGAAAGCAGGCUGCUGCUGCGAGUACUAUAAUUAGUAUGCCCAACGUUCUAACUGAUGAUCUUGGAAAUACACUUGAUAUGGAUAAGAUUGAAAAUAUUUUGAAAGUGAACUGCGACGUGAAGGUAAUGGAUGUCAAAGGAAACGACAAGAAUAGUAUGGAGAAAUAUAUUGACACGCAAAGAAGGUUGAUAAGAAUCAGUUUUCCUGCAUUGAACAGCAACUCCACUCUGGAUGCCAGAUUAGCAAGACUUAAAGAGUAUGAUGAGGUGAUUAAGGAGGUCUUCAGAAUAUUGCCAACGCCUAAUAUCGUAACGCUUUUUACAACUAAUACAUCUACCACAGUUGAUUUGGAUGAAAUAUCAAACACAGAAAAUGUCAUCGAGGAGAGUGAAAUACCAGAGAGUCCUAAGAUGAUUAGCUUAUCAAUUCAGAAGAAAAUGAAACAGUCUAAGCGGAUGAUUUUUCCGGAUAUUACAAUAUUCGACAAAAGUCGUUAUUACGAUUAUGAAAGAAACAGCAAUACGAACCAGGAUGUGUAUGUGAGGAAGAAAACACCUAAAAAUGAUAAAUCAUGGUUAUCUCGGAAAAAGAAGGUUAUUAAGAAGAAGUCAUCGUUGUAUAGAUUUGGAGAAGAUGAUAAAGAAUUAUCAUCUGUAUUUAUCAAUGUUAAGUUCAUUCAUGAUAAUGCAUUGUUGAUAUUUUGCGUGAUCUCAGUUUUGGGCCUUAUCAUAUUUGGAGAUGUGAUUAGAAUUGCGUUGGGAUUCGUUACAGGUGCUUUGUCAAAACACACGAAAUCAGAAAGCAAAUCAACAGGAAAACGCGAAAAGCAAGAUUAA